AUGGCGGCACAAGAUGAAGUUGACGUAUGUGAAAGCUGGGAGGAUAUGGACGAAAUUGGCUUGGAUCAUAAGAUCAAGCUGAUGUCCAGUGUACCGCCAGUGACAACUCUGAAAGGUUGCAAGGUUACGAACGUAAUUGUAGAAGAGAGCGCGUGUAUUGGGUCCCAGUGCGUGAUGCCUGAGCCAGCUAUUCGAAUACUAAAACGCCCUAGCUCUUUAGCUAGUGGGCAGCUAAACGGGGAAAACCGAGCGCGGCCUGUAAAGACUCUUGAACAAAGACAGAAGGAAUAUGAAGAAGCGCGGCUGCGGAUUCUCGGCGAAGCUCGAAGCCCAGAAGACGUUAUCGAUGACAACCUCAGUCGGUUACAAGACAAGUUACAAGCAAACAAUCUCAAUGAAAAUCAGAGUACAGCCAAAACGAAAAAUUGUAAUGAAAAUAAUAACAAAAGCAAAGAGAGAAAGGUUCUCUCGAGGCUACCACCAGGGGCGACUCCUGCUGGUAUCUUCCCUUCUCCACCACCUCCAGGGGUUCUCGUUAUACGGACACCUAGAGGACCAGAUGGCACCAAAGGCUUUUUAAGGAGGUAGCAUUAUGUGAUAUUAUACUUGUUAUUAUAGUCCAUCCAAUGUUUUCAUCAUGAUUAUAAUGAAGGAUAAUUUUCUUGGGGAGGUAUGAAGUUAUGAAGGGAUUUUAUUUCACAAUUUCUUGAUAUUCUAUAAUGAAUUAACAUAUUUUAGCCAACAGGUUCACCUGUGAUAUAUGUGUGUCAAUAUUGAGACCUCACAAAGUUGUUUCCAUCAGUACAGUUGUAUUUGUGUGGCAAACAGCACGGGUCUGCUCCCACAGUGUAUGCGUAUCAUACAUACAUACAUAUCAUAGUCCACCUUGCUGGCCCAAUGCGGGAUGUAUUAGACUUUAUUAUGGCAUGUGCAGGAAAUUUUAAUGGCUAGGUGUAAUGGUAACAUUAAUUUCAUUUUAUAAUAAAGAUAAUUCCAUUGAUAAUGAAAUCAUAUAUUUGAGUGAGUUCUUUAUACUCUUGGCAAAUUUAUACGACAAACUUCUUUCUCAUUAACGAAGCCUACUUAUUGCAGAAAAAAUCCGUAGGAACCCUUUGUGAGUCAUUUUUAAGCUUGCAAUUUUGUCCCAUUAUUUAUAAACCAACAUCAAGCUAAAAACAUGUUUCUUGGAUCAAUGUAUGCUUAAGACUUAACUUGAUAACUUGUUCUUAGCUCAAUAGCGGUUUAUUUAUCCAGGCCUUCACUGUUAUUUGAUAUGCUAGUAGGUGCAAAUGGGCUGAAGUAUGUACUGUGCACACCAUUGAAGCUCUACCUAUCUUAAAAUAUUUUUGUUGAAUUUCUCAAGUUUGUAUUAUCACCCCGGAACUGUGCAACCUACUGGUUGAAGUUCAACCACAUAUUUGGUUCUCUACUAUAUGAUAUCUAUUAUGAUAUCCGGGCCCCUUUUUUAUGUCGACAUUUUAUGAAUGUUUAUAUCUGAAGAUGUUUGAACAAAAUGCUGUUUAAAUUGCACACAUAUAAAACAUGCCAUGUAAGUGAUACUUCUAUCUCCGGAAAAUGUUAUAUUUCCACGGGAAAAGAACUUGCGAAUGGAGGAAGCCACAAGCCAAUGUGAUGUAAAGAGAAAUUGUGAAAUAAAUAUAAAGAACCGAGUGCUCACUUCAUGGGAACAAAUAAACAAUUACUAUAUUAUCUAAAAGUAAUUUAUAACAUAACAUUUAGAUAGAAUUAACAAAUUAUUAUGAGGUUGAAUUGAUUACUCCCAAUAAUUGAUUGCAAGGGUCUCUUGUAAGAUACAGGAAAAGUAUUAUCAUAUACAAAUAACUGUGAUCAUGUAUGCAAUGUUUAGAGGUGUACGAAAUUAAAACUGCUCUAAAAUUCGCAUUCAGUCCGUAUUCCGUAAAUCAAGUGACAGGUUGCUAUCGGGUUGUCUUCUUACAAAUGCGUGCUUAUUUUGUAAAUGUUGUAUGAAUAUGACUGUAUCAAAGUUUGUAAAUUUUUGAAUUGCAUAUAAAAAUUUCGGACCCGACAGAAAAAUCAAAAAAACAAUCGCGGUCUGAGCGCUUUACGACUACGAGCGACUACGCUACGGCUCUCAUUGCACCAGUGCCGAAAUUGUUAUAUGCCCUUUUUAUCCCUACUAGAUGGCGCUAUAGUCGGUAUUAGAAUACCGAUUGUAGUGCCAUCUAGUAGAGAACAUUGCAAUUUCGAUCUACUUUCCAAAGGUCAUAGUACAAUAAUACACUUUUGAAACAAGAGGUGAUACAUAACCUUUUUAUAAUUUUUACUAGUGUUUUUACCUACACUUGGAGGAAAUAUGAAAUUUUUAAAUUGCAUAUACAAAUCUGGCAAUCGCGACCUGAACUCUUAACGACUAAGCUAUGGCUCUUAUACGGAAAAACACUAGAAUAAUAAUUUUAAAAUGACUCUCAUCUAGCAGAUAUCAGAAGGGUUUCUGAAUAAUGGGAGCUGUUGUUAUGCAUUCAACUACUAUGAUAGUACGUGCUUGAUUCGUCCAGUUUCUUAAAAUAAAACAAGAAAUUGUGAGCUCAUAAUAAUUGAUUUAGAAUAUCUUCUACUCAAUCAACGCUUAGCUAACAAACCCGCUAAAGUCAAGUUUAUUACCGAAGUUUGCAGGAUACACAAAAACACUAUCUAUAUUUUAAAAAUCAAAGAGUUAUUAAUAAACCCAUCAAUAAUGCUAAGAAUAAUUAUGGCAGGUUUGUUAUCUGAUUCUUUGGAUAAAAUAAUAAGAGAACUGUUUAUUGGAUCUCCUAAAAACUAUUCUUAUUUGACUUUUUAUACUUGUACAUAUAUUCGCGGUAUUUUUAGCUAAGGAACGAAAUUAAAAACAGGACAAAUCGGUUUAUACACAGAUCCUUAACUAAAUUGACUAUAGUAAUCCCAUUGAUAAUGGCAUUACGUUUAGAUGUGUCAAUUUAAUUCAUAAUUUUGGGAUUUGUUUAUAAGCGAUUUUCCAUCAGCAUAAUUUGGGAACGCUGUUACAUUUGGGCCAGGUUUGUUUUGCUACCUAUGUGGCCAAUAAUCAGUUAACAGUUAAUUGGAUAUGAGAUUUUUUUCAUUUUAGGCAUGUUCAGAAAACUCAAAUGAUUCUAAAGCAUUCGGUCAGCUCAAACCGAGACGCUACGUGGCGCGGUGAUGCUUGACGAAGCACAAAAUCCCGUGCUGCGUUAAGUGUCUUGCAAGUUGUAUAACGACGCGACUUUACGCAGCGAGCAGAACACUUGUGUUCUUUCAAGUAUCUUCGCAUCGCUUCUCAGUUCUUGUAUUAAUCGAUGAGACGUUCCGCUGGCGUAGAUAGCCAUUCUUCGACACGUGUCAGGGUUGCUUUCGCGCAUCAUGACGCGUCUCGGUGUAGACUGACCAUCAGAUUAUUACCCAUACGAUGAGAUUGCCAUCAGAUCAAUUACGAAUACACUGUGUUUAUCAAAACUGUUUCAAUUGGAUUAAUUAAUGGUAAUCAAAAAUCUGCUUGAAUUCUCUCACAUUUCGAUUUUAUUCGGCCCGACGACAAGCCGCCGCUUAACAGUGGCCCGAGUGUGACUGUUUCAAAUUUUUGAUAAUUAAUUACAAAUGAUAUCAAAACACCAUACUAUAUUUGCCUAAAACACUCAUCCAGUUUUACCUAUUGCCCUAAAUCAGAAAUGUGCUAAAUGACUUUUACGUCGUUGUAUCAUAACUUUUCUAUAAAUAGUUUUUAUAUGUGUAUAGAAUAUU